AAAAUUGGAGGAAGAAAUUCAAACAAUCGUUAAAUUCGGUUUACACUCUCAAACUGGCCAAUAGUAAAAACCUGGCCGCCACCCUUUCCGAAGGCGGCGUCCGAGACGACGGAGAGCGAGUACAAGAACCGGUUGCACGCUCGUAAUUAAACCGCGACUCGCUGGUUUCUGAGAUUCGGAUUGAGAUCUCGAAAUGGCGCAGCACUUGGGCGGCGGUGCGGAGGCGCACGCCCGGUUCAAGCAAUACGAGUACCGUGCUAACUCGAGUUUGGUGCUGACCACCGACUCUCGCCCACGUGACACGCACGAGCCCACCGGCGAGCCGGAGUCUCUAUGGGGAAAGAUUGACCCCAAGCAUUUCGGUGACCGGGCUUACAGGGGAAGGCCGCCGGAGCUCGAUGACAAGCUUAAGAAGUCGAAGAAGAAGAAGGAGCGGGACCCGAAUGCUGAACCUGCUCCAGUUCGGCAGAGUAAGAAGCGGCGGCUUCAUGAAGAGAGCGUGCUCACGGCCACUGAGGAAGGGGUUUAUCAGCCUAAGACCAAGGAAACGAGGGCUGCCUAUGAGGCUAUGCUCAGCGUCAUUCAGCAGCAGCUGGGUGGCCAGCCUUCGAGUAUCAUAAGCGGCGCUGCGGACGAGAUUUUGGCCGUUCUUAAGAACGAGAGCUUUAAGAAUGCUGAUAAGAAAAAGGAGAUUGAGAAAAUGUUGAAUCCUAUACCCAACACCGUCUUUGAUCAGUUGGUUUCAAUUGGGAGGUUGAUUACUGACUUCCAAGAUGGGGGUGAUGCUGGAGGGUCUGCCGUGGCUAAUGGUGAUGAAGCCUUAGAUGAUGAUGUGGGUGUUGCGGUUGAGUUUGAAGAAAAUGAAGAUGAUGAUGAGGAGAGUGAUCUUGAUAUGGUCCAGGAGGACGACGAAGAGGACGACGAUGAUGUGGCUGAACCACAUCAAUCUGGGGCUAUGCAAAUGGGUGGUGGGAUUGAUGAUGAUGAAAUGCAGGAAGCAAACGAGGGUAUGGGCCUUAAUGUUCAGGACAUUGAUGCUUAUUGGCUUCAGAGGAAGAUAUCUGAAGCUUAUGAGAAACAGAUCGAUCCACAACAAUGCCAGAAGCUUGCUGAAGAGGUGCUCAAGAUACUCGCUGAAGGUGAUGACAGGGAAGUUGAAACCAAGCUGUUGGUUCACCUUCAGUUUGACAAAUUCAGCCUUAUUAAGUUUCUAUGUCGAAACAGGCUGAAGAUUGUCUGGUGCACGCGUUUGGCCAGAGCCGAAGACCAAGAUGAGAGGAAGAAAAUUGAGGAGGAAAUGCUGCAGUUGGGUCCAGAUUUGACUGCAAUUGUAGAACAGCUGCAUGCCACAAGGGCUAGUGCAAAGGAGAGGCAAAAGAACUUGGAGAAGAGUAUUAGAGAAGAGGCUCGCAGGUUGAAGGAUGAGAGUGGUGGAGAUGGAGACAGGGUUAGGAGGGGCCUUGUCGAUAGAGAUGCUGACAGUGGUUGGUUGAAGGGGCAGGCAGAGCUACUUGAUCUUGACAGCCUUGCACAAGAGCAAAGUAGACUUUUGGUGUCGAAGAAGUGCGUGCUUCCAGAUGGGUCUUACAGACAUCCCAGCAAGGGAUAUGAAGAAAUCCAUGUGCCAGCCUUGAAACAGAGACCAUUUAAUCCUGAUGAGAAGCUUGUAAACAUAUCUGCCAUGCCAGAGUGGGCUCAGCCGGCUUUCAAAGGAAUGACCCAGUUGAACAGGGUACAGAGUAGAGUCUAUGAGACUGCCCUUUUCAAAGCGGACAAUAUCCUGCUAUGUGCUCCUACUGGUGCUGGAAAAACUAAUGUUGCAGUGCUCACUAUACUUCAGCAGUUUGCGCUGAACAUGAACAAGGAGGACGGUUCCAUAAACCACAGUGAUUAUAAGAUUGUAUAUGUUGCGCCUAUGAAAGCUCUUGUUGCGGAAGUUGUUGGAAAUCUUUCUAAUCGUUUGAAGGAUUAUGGUGUCAAUGUGCGGGAGCUAAGUGGUGACCAGACAUUGACUCGCCAACAGAUUGAAGAAACUCAAAUUAUUGUGACAACCCCUGAGAAGUGGGAUAUCAUUACCCGAAAGUCAGGAGACCGGACUUACACUCAACUGGUCAAACUUCUUAUCAUUGAUGAAAUUCAUCUCCUUCAUGAUAAUAGAGGCCCCGUUCUUGAAAGUAUUGUUGCUAGAACUGUUAGGCAGAUUGAGACCACGAAAGAUCAUAUUCGGUUGGUGGGGUUAUCUGCUACUCUCCCUAACUACGAAGAUGUGGCAUUGUUCUUGCGUGUUGACCUUAAGAAGGGACUGUUUUAUUUUGAUAACAGUUACAGACCUGUCCCCCUAUCUCAACAGUAUAUUGGAAUCAUGGUGAGGAAACCAUUACAGAGGUUCCAGUUGAUGAAUGAUCUCUGCUAUGAGAAGGUCGUAGCUGUAGCUGGAAAACAUCAAGUCCUUAUCUUUGUCCAUUCGAGGAAAGAAACAGCCAAAACAGCUCGUGCUAUAAGAGAUACUGCUCUUGCCAAGGACACCCUUGGCAGGUUUCUUAAAGAAGACAGUGCUAGCCGAGAGAUUCUAACUACUCAUACAGAUUUGGUCAAGAGCAAUGAUCUCAAAGAUCUUCUGCCGUACGGUUUUGCCAUUCAUCAUGCUGGAUUGAACAGGGCAGAUCGCCAACUGGUUGAGGAUCUCUUUGCUGAUGGGCACGUACAAGUUUUGGUUUCAACAGCAACACUUGCUUGGGGCGUGAAUCUGCCAGCUCACACUGUGAUAAUCAAAGGGACUCAGAUCUAUGAUCCAGAAAAGGGAGCAUGGACUGAACUAAGUCCUUUGGAUGUCAUGCAGAUGUUGGGGCGUGCAGGUAGACCUCAGUACGAUUCGUAUGGAGAAGGGAUUAUCAUUACUGGCCACAAUGAGCUUCAGUACUAUCUUUCUUUGAUGAACCAACAGCUUCCCAUUGAAAGUCAAUUCAUAUCCAAAUUGGCUGACCAACUUAAUGCUGAAAUCGUUCUUGGAACUGUUCAAAAUGCUAGAGAAGCUUGCAAUUGGAUAGGAUACACUUACCUGUAUGUUCGCAUGCUACGGAACCCCACACUCUAUGGUUUGGAAGCUGAUGUUCUCUCCAGAGAUAUUACAUUGGAGGAGAGACGAGCUGAUUUGAUCCAUUCCGCUGCAACCAUCUUGGACAAGAAUAAUUUGAUUAAGUACGACAGAAAAAGUGGAUAUUUCCAAGUUACAGACUUGGGUCGCAUUGCGAGUUAUUACUAUAUAACUCAUGGAACAAUAUCCACAUAUAAUGAGCAUUUGAAGCCUACGAUGGGGGAUAUUGAGCUUUGUCGAUUGUUCUCACUCAGUGAAGAAUUUAAGUAUGUUACUGUGCGGCAGGAUGAAAAGAUGGAGUUAGCAAAGCUUUUGGAUCGUGUUCCCAUUCCGGUGAAGGAAAGCCUGGAAGAGCCCAGUGCCAAGAUCAAUGUCUUGCUGCAAGCAUAUAUCUCACAGCUGAAGCUUGAGGGGCUUUCGUUGACAUCAGAUAUGGUCUACAUUACUCAGAGUGCAGGGCGUCUUCUACGAGCUCUUUUUGAGAUUGUCUUGAAACGAGGAUGGGCUCAACUAGCUGAAAAGGCUUUGAACAUGUGUAAGAUGGUUAACAAGAAGAUGUGGAGUGUCCAAACACCUCUUCGCCAAUUCACUGGUAUUUCAAAUGAUAUUUUGAUGAAGCUGGAGAAGAAGGAUUUGGCCUGGGAUAGGUAUUAUGAUCUAUCUUCACAGGAGCUAGGGGAGCUUAUUCGUAUGCCAAAGAUGGGAAGAACACUUCAUAAGUUCAUCCACCAAUUCCCCAAAUUAAACCUUGCAGCCCAUGUGCAGCCGAUUACUCGCACUGUAUUGAGGGUGGAGCUCACUAUAACACCAGAUUUCCAAUGGGAGGACAAAGUUCAUGGAUAUGUGGAGCCAUUUUGGGUAAUAGUGGAGGAUAAUGAUGGCGAGUUUGUCCUUCAUCAUGAAUAUUUUCUUCUGAAGAAGCAGUAUAUUGAUGAGGAUCAUACUUUGAACUUUACAGUGCCAAUAUAUGAGCCUCUUCCGCCUCAGUACUUCAUUCGUGUUGUGUCUGAUAGGUGGCUUGGGUCCCAGACUGUUUUACCUGUUUCUUUCAGACACCUCAUUUUACCUGAAAAGUAUCCUCCACCAACAGAGUUAUUGGACUUGCAACCACUUCCCGUGACUGCAUUAAGGAAUCCCUUAUAUGAAGCUCUGUAUCAAGAUUUCAAGCAUUUCAAUCCUGUUCAAACUCAGGUUUUCACUGUUUUGUACAAUUCAGAUGACAAUGUCUUGGUUGCUGCACCAACAGGGAGUGGGAAGACCAUAUGUGCAGAGUUUGCUGUAUUGAGGAAUCAUCAGAAGGGCUCUGAUAAUGUCAUGCGUGUUGUGUAUAUUGCACCUAUUGAAGCUCUUGCUAAGGAACGUUACCGUGACUGGGAGAAGAAGUUUGGAAAGGGUCUCAAUCUGCGUGUUGAAUUAUUAACAGGGGAAACAGCCACAGACUUAAAACUGCUUGAGAAAGGUCAGAUUAUCAUCAGCACUCCAGAGAAAUGGGAUGCUUUAUCCCGCCGCUGGAAACAGAGAAAGCAUGUUCAACAGGUUAGUCUUUUUAUUGUAGAUGAACUCCACUUGAUUGGUGGUCAGGGUGGUCCCAUCUUGGAGGUAAUAGUCUCUAGAAUGAGAUACAUAGCGAGUCAACCUGAGAACAAGAUUCGUAUUGUGGCUCUGUCAACUUCUCUUGCAAAUGCAAAGGAUCUUGGAGAAUGGAUAGGGGCUAGCUCUCAUGGCCUUUUCAAUUUUCCUCCUGGUGUGCGCCCAGUGCCUCUGGAAAUACACAUUCAGGGGGUGGAUCUGGCUAAUUUCGAAGCCAGGAUGCAAGCAAUGGCAAAACCCACAUACACAGCAAUUGUCCAGCAUGCCAAGAAUGGGAAACCAGCUCUUGUUUAUGUUCCUACAAGGAAACAUGUUCGACUAACGGCUGUGGAUCUGAUGACCUACUCAAAUGCAGAUGGUGGGGAGAAACCGUCAUUUCUGUUGCGGUCUGUGGAUGAUAUUGAGCCUUUCAUUGAAAGACUUGGUGAUGAAAUUUUGAAAGGCACUUUGCGCAGUGGAGUGGGCUACCUGCAUGAAGGUUUAAGCAGUUUGGACCAAGAAGUUGUGUCACAGCUGUUUGAAGCUGGGUGGAUUCAAGUUUGUGUCAUGAGCAGUUCAAUGUGCUGGGGAGUGCCGUUGUCAGCCCAUUUGGUGGUUGUGAUGGGAACUCAGUAUUAUGAUGGCCGGGAAAAUGUUCACACUGAUUACCCUGUUACUGAUCUGUUGCAGAUGAUGGGUCAUGCUAGUCGCCCUCUGCUAGAUAAUUCUGGGAAAUGUGUCAUCCUCUGCCACGCGCCUCGUAAAGAAUACUACAAGAAGUUCUUGUACGAAGCAUUCCCUGUUGAAAGCCAUUUGCACCAUUAUCUACAUGAUAAUCUGAAUGCAGAAGUUGUUGCAGGAAUAAUUGAGAACAAGCAAGAUGCUGUCGAUUACCUUACAUGGACUUUCUUGUACCGGAGGCUCACACAAAAUCCCAACUAUUACAAUCUGCAGGGAGUUACUCAGCGGCAUCUUUCUGAUCACCUCUCGGAGCUUAUUGAAAAUACACUGAGCGACUUGGAGGCAAGCAAGUGUGUUGCAAUUGAGGAUGACAUGGACCUCUCUCCUUUGAAUCUUGGCAUGAUAGCUUCAUACUAUUACAUCAGUUAUACCACCAUUGAGCGUUUCAGUUCGUCUUUAACUUCCAAAACAAAGAUGAAGGGUCUUCUUGAGAUUCUAACUCACGCUUCGGAGUAUUCACAACUUCCUAUUCGACCAGGGGAGGAAGAGGUAGUUCGGAGGCUAAUUAACCACCAGAGGUUUUCCUUUGAUAGUCCCAAAUGCACAGAUCCUCAUGUUAAAGCAAAUGCUCUGCUUCAGGCCCACUUUGCUAGGCAGCCUCUGGGUGGUAACCUAGCUUUGGACCAGCGAGAGGUGAUCCUUUCCGCUAGUAGGUUGCUUCAGGCGAUGGUUGAUGUCAUUUCCAGCAAUGGCUGGCUAAGCCUUGCUGUCUUAGCCAUGGAAGUCAGCCAGAUGGUGACUCAGGGCAUGUGGGACAGGGACUCGAUGCUUCUACAGCUUCCUCACUUCACAAAGGAGUUGGCAAAGAGAUGCCAGGAAAAUCCAGGAAAGAGUAUAGAGACAGUGUUUGAUUUGGUUGAGUUGGACGAUGAUGAAAGGCGCGACCUACUUCAAAUGUCAGACUCGCAGCUGCUGGAUAUUGCACGAUUUUGCAACCGCUUUCCCAACAUUGAUAUGGUAUAUGAGGUGCUUGAUAGGGAUAACAUAAGGGCCGGGGAAGAAAUCACUCUGCUAGUUACUCUCGAACGUGACCUUGAAGGGAGGACUGAGGUAGGUCCUGUGGAUGCCCUGAGGUAUCCCAAGGCAAAAGAAGAGGGCUGGUGGCUUGUGGUCGGCGAUACCAAGACAAACUCGUUGCUCGCCAUCAAGAGAGUUUCGCUGCAACGGAGGGCCAAGGUGAAGCUCGAGUUUGCUGCUCCUGCCGAACCCGGAGAGAAGAGUUUCAUUCUUUAUUUCAUGUGUGAUUCAUAUUUGGGAUGCGAUCAGGAAUAUGAUUUCACUCUUGAUAUUAAAGAUGCAGCAGGGCCUGACGACGACAGCGGCAGCGAAUGAUAUGUUCCCUGUUCUUCCAAGCAUUUUCUCCUGUUACGUUUUUCGAUUUCCGCUGUUUUUGUUUCUUAAAGGUUAUGGUUCGUAUGUUCCAUAUGAUGUAAUAUACUCUACUGGACGAUGAUAAUUUUGCACGUAUGCCCCCUUUUAGAUUAAAGGGCUCGUUGGGGCUGUUUUUUCUAACGAUAUAUUUUCUGCUUAUAAUUUUGUUAUUAACUUA